AGUCUCGUCCGGAGACUGGCAGCAGCGGCGGCGGCGGCCGGAGCUCGAGCCUCAGCGGCUGAGGGCGGGCGGGCGGGCGGGCGCGGGGGAGGGAGGGGGGCCGGUCCGCGACGAGUCCCGGACGGCGUUUCUCCUCCGAGCGGCGCCGAUUUCGGCUUUGGGGGGGGCUGGGGUACAGCCCAUCCAUGACCAUGGGCGACAAGAAGAGCCCGACCAGGCCAAAAAGACAAGCGAAACCUGCCGCAGACGAAGGUUUUUGGGAUUGUAGCGUCUGCACCUUCAGAAACAGCGCCGAAGCUUUCAAAUGCAGCAUCUGCGAUGUGAGGAAAGGCACCUCCACCAGGAAACCUCGGAUCAAUUCUCAGCUGGUGGCACAGCAGGUGGCACAGCAGUACGCCACGCCACCGCCCCCUAAGAAGGAGAAGAAGGAGAGAGCUGAGAAACAAGACAGAGAGAAACCGGAGAAGGACAAGGAAAUCAGUCCUAGUGUUACCAAGAAAAAUACCAACAAGAAAACAAAACCAAAGUCUGAUAUUCUAAAAGAUCCUCCUAGCGAAGCUAACAGUAUACAGUCUGCAAAUGCUACAACAAAGACCAGUGAGACGAAUCACACCUCAAGGCCCCGGCUGAAAAACGUGGACAGGAGCACCGCACAGCAGUUGGCAGUAACAGUGGGCAAUGUCACAGUCAUUAUCACAGACUUUAAGGAAAAGACUCGCUCCUCCUCAACAUCUUCGUCCACAGUGACCUCCAGUGCAGGGUCAGAACAGCAGAACCAGAGCAGCUCGGGGUCAGAGAGCACAGACAAGGGCUCCUCCCGGUCCUCCACGCCAAAGGGCGACAUGUCAGCAGUAAAUGAUGAAUCUUUCUGAAAUUGCACAUGGAAUUGUGAAAACUAUGAAUCAGGGUAUGAAAUUCAAAUUCUCCAUCUGCCCAUGCUGCUCACUCCCUGGAGAGUCUCCUGUGGACGUCGACCUUAGUGAUGAUGCCAGGAUGGUUUCUGCUUGUCGUGGGCAUCUGGCCACCAAGGAAUUUCGCACCCUGACAAUUACUCUUGACACUUUUAUGUAUUCCAUUGUUUUAUAUGAUUUUCCUAACAAUCAUUUAUAAUUGGAUGUGCUCCUGAAUCUACUUUUUAUA